GGCCGCCGCUGACGUCAUCACCCCGGCACCUGCCAACAUGGAAGGUGGAGACGGCGGAAUCGCUGUGGCUGGCCAUGGCACUCUGGGCUCUGGGGCGGCUGCGGCGACAGUAAGGGAGCUUCUGCAGGACGAGUGUUAUAGUGAUUUUUUAAGUGAAGACUUUGAUGUAAAGACUUAUACUUCCCAAUCUAUUCAUCAAGCUGUAAUUGCUGAACAACUAGCAAAACUUGCCCAAGGAAUCAGUCAGUUGGAUAAAGAACUACAUCUACAGGUUGUUACAAGACAUGAAGAUUUACUGGCACAAGCAACUGGCAUUGAGUCUUUGGAAGGUGUUCUUCAGAUGAUGCAGACAAGAAUUGGGGCUUUACAGGGAGCUGUUGAUAGGAUGAAAGCAAAAAUUGUUGAGCCAUAUAAUAAAAUAGUAGCCCGUACUGCACAGCUAGCAAGACUUCAGGUUGCGUGUGAUUUGCUUCGGAGGAUAAUUCGCAUCUUGUAUCUCAGUAAGAGACUCCAAGGACAACUGCAAGGGGGAAGUAGAGAGAUAACAAAAGCCGCUCAGAGUCUCAAUGAACUUGAUUACCUUUCUCAAGGAAUAGAUCUUUCUGGAAUAGAAGUAAUUGAAAACGAUCUACUUUUUAUUGCAAGAGCUCGACUUGAAGUGGAAAAUCAAGCUAAGCGCCUGCUGGAGCAGGGUGUGGAGACUCAGAAUCCAACCCAAGUCGGAACAGCUCUUCAGGUUUUCCAUAAUCUUGGAACUUUGAAGAAUACUAUUACCAGUGUCGUGGAUGGAUAUUGUGCUGCUUUGGAAGAAAGCAUCAGUAGUGCAUUAGAUAUCAAAGUUUUGACUCAACCUUCCCAGUCAGCUGUGAGAGGGGGACCUGGCCGAUCUACCAUGCCAACCCCAGGAAAUACUGCAGCUUUUCGUGCUUCCCUUUGGACCAAUAUGGAGAAACUUGUGGAUCAUAUUUGUACUGUUUGUGGACAGGUACAACAUCUACAAAAAGUAUUAGCCAAGAAGAGAGAUCCUGUUUCUCAUAUUUGUUUCAUUGAAGAAGUAGUUAAGGAUGAACAAUCUGGAAUUUUAUACACAUUUUGGAAUUCAGUUACUCAAGCACUUUAUUCUCAAUUUCAAAUGGCAACAAAUUCUUCUAUGUUUUUGAAACAGGCAUUUGAAGGAGAAUACCCUAAAUUAUUGCGUCUUUAUAAUGACUUAUGGAAGCGUCUUCAACAGUACAGCCAAAAUAUUCAAGGAAAAUUUAAUGGAAGUGGAACUGCAGACCUCUAUGUUGACCUACAACAUGUUGAAGAUGAUGUACAGGACAUAUUCAUACCAAAAAAGCCAGAUUAUGAUGAACUAAAUGUAGCUGCUGUUGAUGCAAACCUCACAUUAGCUGUGUCAAAAAACGUGGCAAAGACCAUCCAGUUAUACGGUGUAAAAUCAGAACAGCUUCUCUCCACACAAGGAGAUGCAAGUCAGGUGAUUGGACCUCUUACGGAAGGGCAGAGAAGAAAUGUGGCAGUAGUGAAUUCACUGUUUAAGUUGCACCAGUCAGUAACAAAGGUGGUUUCCAGUCAGAGCUCAUUCCCACCAGCAGCUGAGCAAACUAUAAUUUCAGCCCUACAGAUGAUCCACGUUCUUAUGGGAAACGCUGUGCAACCGUUACUGACUUCAGUGGGAGAUGCUAUAGAGGCCAUAAUCAUCACCAUGCAUCAAGAAGAUUUUUCUGGGUCAUUGUCCAGCUCAGGAAAGCCCGAUGUUCCUUGUUCUCUGUACAUGAAGGAGCUUCAAGGUUUCAUUGCCAGAGUUAUGAGUGACUACUUUAAACACUUUGAAUGCUUGGAUUUUGUCUUUGACAACACUGAAGCUAUUGCCCAAAGAGCAAUUGAACUUUUUAUUCGCAAUGCCAGUCUCAUAAGACCUCUUGGUGAAGGUGGGAAAAUGCGACUUGCUGCUGAUUUUGCACAGAUGGAGUUGGCUGUGGGUCCAUUUUGCAGAAGAGUAUCUGAUUUAGGAAAGUCCUAUCGAAUGUUGAGGUCAUUCAGACCACUGCUCUUCCAGACAAGUGAACAUGUGGCCAGUAGUCCCGCCCUGGGGGACAUCAUUCCAUUUAGCGUCAUUAUUCAGUUUUUGUUCACGAGAGCACCUGCAGAGCUGAAAUCCCCCUUCCAGAGGGCAGAAUGGUCCCAUGCACGCUUCUCACAGUGGCUGGAUGACCAUCCAUCUGAAAAAGACAGACUCCUACUCAUCAGGGGAGCCCUAGAAGCUUAUGUUCAAUCAGUAAGAAGUAGAGAAGGCAAAGAAUUUGCACCAGUUUAUCCCAUAAUGGUUCAGCUGCUUCAAAAAGCUAUGUCUGCUCUUCAGUAAUAAUGUGAAAUAUUCCUUCAUUUCUAUUUUGUACUCACUCAUUCAGGGUUGGCAAUUAAAAUAACACAUACUCGACAGCUUUUAAAACAAUCAACUUUUCUGUAUUUCCUAUUGAUCUUUUUCUAUUUAGCCCUUGUACCUUAAGUAGCAUAAAAUAUUAAAAAUCACCCCCUUCAAACUCCAAGGACCUGAUUUCUCCAGAGACUUCCAAUAUUUUUCCCUCCUUUCAAACUUUUCGGUGAGACUAAAACUUCCUUCUCAUAACAUAAUUGAGGCCCCGUGUAGGUACACACACAUAGUAAGUCCCUACUCCUUUUUAAGAGAUAUGAUCAAGUUAUCUAUCACACAAUAAGUACGCUGCUUCCUCCACAUAACCUUCUUCCUCACUAGAUAAGUAUACAGCCCAUGGUUUCCAUAUCUGGCUGCUCAUUAGAGUCCAGUAGAAGCUUUAAAAAAAAAUUCUGAUAUUAAUUUGUAUACCAUAUUAACAUGUAUGGGGGUAGGAAGCAGGCAUUGUUUAAAAAUAUCCCUAAGUGUUUCCAAUAUGCAACAAAGUUUGAGAACCACUGGCAUACCCCAAAGUGAAAAUAUGGUGUGAAAUGUUCAAAUGUCAUACUGUAUCUGUAAUAAAGAUAGAGCAAAGCUGUCUUUACA